GACCACACCGUCCACGACCCCGGCGCCCCCACCAUUGCCACCCUGUCCCACCGCAUCAAAUGGAGCCGCAUCACCAAGGAGCAUGUCUCUGUCAUCCUGGUGGCCAUGGACGGAGAGGUCAAGGUGGAGGAGGACUAUCUGGAUCGGGUCCACAUGGUGGGCUAUCCCCAGACCCCCACUGACGCCAGCAUCAAGAUCACAGAGUUGAGGUCCAACGACACUGGCACCUACCGAUGUGAGGUACAGCACGGCAUCGAGGACAACCAUGACACUGUGGACGUCCUGGUUCAAGGUAUUGUGUUCCACUACCGGGCCAUCACGACACGCUACACUCUGACCUUUGAGAAGGCCAAGGCAGCCUGUAUCCAGAACAGUGCUGUGAUCGCGACCCCAGAGCAGCUGCAGGCAGCGUACGAUGACGGCUUCCACCAGUGUGACGCCGGCUGGCUCUCCGAUCAGACUGUCAGGUACCCAAUCCAUGAUCCACGUGAGAAUUGCUACGGCGACAAAGACGAGUUCCCCGGGGUGCGAACCUACGGAGUGAGAGACGUCAACGAGACUUACGACGUGUACUGUUUUGCCGAGAAGAUGACAGGCAGUGUGUUCUACUCUGGCUCUGUGGCUAAGUUCACCUACUCCGAGGCUGAGGAACAGUGCAGUAAGCAGGGGGCCCUGUUGGCCACCACAGGACAGCUGUACCUGGCCUGGCAGGCUGGUCUGGAUGUGUGCAAUGCAGGCUGGCUGGGGGACAGGAGCGUCCGCUACCCCAUCAACAUCCCAAGGCCGCAGUGCGGAGGGGGUCUGCUGGGGGUACGGACCGUGUACCUCCACGUCAACCAGACGGGGUACCCUCCCGAAUCCCGCUACGAUGCCUACUGCUACACAGAAACGGACGAGGACGGCUCGGGCAUGGUGGUGCCCACCAAGGCGGGCAGCGGCGUGCUGAGCGUCGCCACAGUGACCCAGGGUCCUCCCGAGGUGUUCUUCAGGAAGACGGCCACGGAGAGCGAGGCGUUGGGCGAUGUCCUGGCCACCCAGAAACCCACCAGCGUGGACUUCACCUUCGGGACUGAGCUGCCCCUGCCACAGCCACCCAGUGUCACAGAGCUUCCGUUCCCACAGCCGCCCAGUGUCACCGAGCUGCCCCUGCCACAGCCGCCCAGUGUCACCGAGCUGCUCCUGCCACAGCCGCCCAGUGUCACCGAGCUGCCCCUGCCACAGCUGCCCAGUGUCACCGAGCUGCCCCUGCCACAGCCGCCCAAUGUCACCGAGCUGCCCCUGCCACAGCCGCCCAGUGUGACAGAGUUGGUUGUGGAUGUUGUGGGGAGAGUAACGGCCAGGCCAGAUGUGGGGAGUGAGAUCAGCAAAGUGAGCGGAUCAGGAUAUUUAUUUUCUGCUACAGGUGUUGUGUUCCACUACCGUGCUGGCUCUAGCCGCUACGCCUUCACCUUCGAGGAGGCCCAGCUGGCCUGUCAGAGUGUUGGAGCCUCCAUCGCCACCCCAGAGCAGCUCCAGGCUGCCUAUGAGGCCGGCUACCACCAGUGUGAUGCAGGCUGGCUUCUGGAUCAGACCGUCAGGUAUCCAAUCGUGUCUCCUCGGGAAAAGUGCUCUGGGGAUCUGGAGACUUUACCAGGAGUGAGGUCCUAUGGACUGAGGCCCGCUGAUGAACACUACGAUGUGUACUGCUACGUGGACAGACUCAGGGGCGAUGUGUUCCAUGCUGGCUCCAGUGAGGGCUUUACCUACGACGGUGCUCUGGCUCACUGUCAGGAGCUGAACGCUACCCUGGCCUCUACUGGACAGCUCUACGCCGCCUGGAGACAAGGGUUGGAUAAGUGCCGCGCAGGCUGGCUAAUCGCGAGCGUCCGCUACCCCAUCACCAACCCCCGGGCGGCGUGUGGUGCAGGGAAGGCAGGGGUGUACACAGUAUUCACGCACAACAACCACGGAAUACCCAGACCUGUACUCAGAUAUGACGCCUACUGCUUCAAAGUGGACAUCUUGCUUCUCGCCAAUGAAACUGGAUUGAACAUCACAGAGAUAGAAGAGGCUUUGGUUAACCUCACAUCCAUCACUGAUUUGCUGAGGCCUGUCCUGCCUUCCAUCACUGCUCCCAUCUCUGUGGAGUCCUCAGGCUCUGGUUCUGGUUCCGGGGCCUCUGGGGCCAGUGGAUCAUCCGGAGAUCUCUCUGGUGAUCACUCCGGUGAACUGCCUUAUUCCGGGGAUCUGUCCGGGUCAGGUGAUCUUUCAGGCAGCGGGAGCGCCGAGAUUCCCAGUGGAUCGUCUGGCCUGAGUAGUGGAGAUGCGUCCGGCUCGGGGCUGAGUGGAGACGGAUCGGGAAUAACGGUCAUCUUCUCUUCAGGGAGCGGCAGUGUUUUAUCCGGUUCGGGCUCUGGGGGGUCCUCAGGAGGCUGGAGAGGGAAGCAUUGGGAUCCUCACCUUCCCCACACGAAUGGGAUCGGGAAUGGGAUUGGGAAUGGUCAGUGGCAGUGCGUUCCUGUCGGGAUCGGGAAGUGGAUCCGGUGUCACUCUAGUUCCAGUGAGAAGUUUUCCGGAUUUCCCUCAGGAUUCUUUCCCUCAGGAGGCUCCAGUGGUCAUUCGGGAGAGGAGUCGGGAAGCAGAGACACUCAGGUCCUGCUGAUCCAUGGGAAGCUGGUGGAGGUUUCCACCUCUCACACACACACAGAGCAGGAGCUUGGUGGAGGGGGCCUGGAGUUCAGCGGCUCCGGAUCGGGCAGCAGUGGCUCAGGGUUCUUCCCGGGUGUGACUUUCUUGGGGUCAGGGUUUACUGACCUCACAGGGUCAGCCUCAGGAGAACAGGAGGGUUUACUGACCUCACGGGGUCAGCCUCAGGGGAACAGGAGGCCUCGGGGUCUCUCCACUACGGCUCCGGGAAACGGUGAUAUCAGCGGUUCAGCCUCGGGCAGCAGUGGCUCAGGGUUCUUCCAGGGUGUGACCUUCUUGGGGUCAGGGUUUACCGACCUCACGGGGUCAGCCUCAGGGGAACAGGAGGCCUCUGGGUCUCUCCACUACGGCUCCGGAAGCGGUGAUAUCAGCAGUUCGGCCUCGGGCAGCAGUGGUUCUGGGUUCUUCCCGGGGUUCACCGACCUUACAGGGUCAGCCUCAGGGGAACAGGAGGCCUCAGGGUCUCUCCACUAUGGAUACGGAGCGGGAAGAGGUGGAUACGCAUCAGGGUUCGGAACGUCGGGCUUCCCAUCCGGGGACAUGUCUGAAAUCUCCAGAUCCUCCACCAGCGGUGAGGAGGACAGCGCUGUCACCUUCCUGACUAGUGACUUAAUGACAGAGGUUUCCAAGGUGACCACGGUUUCCAUGGAGCUGGGGGCUGGGCCAGUGGAGAUCAACGGGCAGGGAAGCGGGUUCCACUCAGGAGCGGCUCCGACCACCCAACCCAGGCCAGCGGUGUCUCAUCUGGGGCACACUCUGGAGAUCUGCUCUCUGUGGUGCUGUCCUCUGCCCAGUGACAGGGAGCUUAUGGCGGACACAGAGGGGCCAGAGGAGGCCCUGGCUGGGGGGGCUGAGCUGGAGGAGAUCACCGGCGAGUUUUACGUGACCUUUGCCCCCAACCUUGCUCCCACCGGAUUGGCUGCCACCACGGCCCCGGCCAUCUCCCUGCAGACCCCUGCCGUCAUGGAGGAGCCGUCCUCAGAGGAGGGUAUGCCUAACCCCUGUGACCCUAACCCGUGUGGUGCUGGGUCAUGCUCAGUGGAGGAUGGCGAUGGGCUGUGCCAGUGUCCACCCGGGAAAGUGGGAGAUGGGUGCCAGUAUGAGGUUGAUGUGUGCCAUUCCAACCCUUGUGCCAAUGGAGCCACCUGUGUGGAAAAUGCAGACUCUUACAAAUGCUUAUGCCUGCCCAGCUACGGAGGGGACUGCUGCGAGAUUGACGAGCAGGAGUGUGAGGAGGGCUGGACUAAGUUUCAAGGCAACUGUUACCUGCACUUCCCCGAGAGAGAGACCUGGCUGGACGCCGAGCAGCGCUGCCGAGACCUCAGCGCUCACCUGGUCAGCAUCAUCACCCCAGAGGAACAGCACUUUGUCAACUCCAACGGCCAGGACUACCAGUGGAUUGGGCUCAAUGACAAGACAGUGGAGAAUGACUUCCGCUGGAUAGACGGCACACCACUGCAAUUUGAGAACUGGCGGCCAAACCAGCCGGAUAACUACUUUAACUCUGGAGAGGACUGUGUGGUGAUGAUCUGGCAUGAGAACGGCCAAUGGAACGACGUUCCCUGCAACUACCACCUGCCCUUCACCUGCAAGACUGGCCCAG